AGAGGGGGGGAAGCGUUUCGACACGCGCUGGAUGUAUAGACAGAGUCUAGCGGAUCACCCCUCUUCCUUCAUUUGCCGGGUUCCAGGGCUGUAUCCUGGCUGAUGCCCGGCUGAAGCCGUGGUGGGGUCUGCCGCCUGUGAGAGGGUGUAGGUGGUGCUGAUUAUGCUUAAACCAUGGCGCAAGUAGAGAAGAAAGUGGGGCUCCUGCGAAAGUCGUCGGCCUCCAAGAAGCCCUUGAAAGAGAAGGUGGUGUUAAUGUACGAUGAGAUCUUUACGAAAGAGGAUCCAACCAAAUCCAAUCCCCGAUUUUGGGAUGAGCUUUUCCUUAUGAAGGUCAAUCUGGAGUACCUGGAAGCCAAGUUAGAAUCACUGGAUGGAGAGGAAUUAAUGAAGAUAAAGGAUAAUAUUAACAGUCUGUUCCAGCAUUGUAUCCAGGCCCUGAAGGCCGAGCACCAGAUCCGAGUGGUCAACUCCUUACAGACGCUAUGCGCCCUUAUCCGUGGAGUUCAUCAGAAGAACAAGUCGUCGUCUGGCUUUGAUAUUAUUAACAUGCUGAUGGGCUUUGACAAGGCAGAACUUCGUAUGAAGAAUUUGAUGGAGAGCCUGGAUAUUCUGCUGUGUGGGGAGGGCUCCGAAAGCCUGAAGAGUCUCUGCCUGAAGCUUCUGCUCUGCCUAGUCACUGUGACAGAUAACAUCAGCCAGAACACUAUUUUGGAGUAUGUUAUGAUCAAUAGCAUAUUCGAAGCCAUUCUACAGAUUUUGUCCCAUCCUCCCAGCCGCAGGGAACAUGGCUACGAUGCUGUGGUAUUACUGGCCCUUCUAGUCAAUUACAGAAAAUAUGAAUCUGUAAACCCGUACAUUGUGAAGUUGUCUAUCGUGGAUGAUGAGGGGACGCUCAAUGGGAUGGGACUGGUUAUUGCCCGUGCGUUAUUUGAAUAUAACACGCAAUACAGGGAUAAGGAGGAGGAGAACCAGACCGGCUUCUUCUCUGCCUUAACAAGUAUGGUGGGCAGUAUGUUCAUUGCAGAUGCAGAUGAGAAAAUCUCCGUACAAACCAAUGAAGCCAUUUUGCUAGCACUUUACGAAGCCGUUCAUCUCAAUAGAAACUUCAUCACGGUCCUGGCACAGAGCCAUCCGGAGAUGGGGUUAGUUACGGUACCGACCAGCCCUCUUCCAACAACACCCACAACUCCAUUGGGUACGACGCCCCCUUCCUCAGAUGUGAUCAGUCCGGUGGAGCUGCCGCUCGAUGCUGACGUACAGACGAGUAACCUUCUCAUCACCUUCCUGAAAUACAGCUCCAUCGUUAUGCAAGACACAAAAGAUGAACAUCGGCUCAAUAGCGGGAAACUCUGUUUGAUCAUCCUAACCUGUAUCGCUGAGGACCAAUACGCCAACGCCUUCCUACAUGACGACAACAUGAACUUCCGUGUAAACCUCCACAGAAUGCCCAUGAGGCAUCGGAAAAAAGCAGCUGACAAGAACAUACCCUGCCGACCGCUGGUGUGCGCCGUGUUAGAUCUCAUGGUGGAAUUCAUAGUCACCCACAUGAUGAAGGAGUUUCCUAUGGACUUGUAUGUACGUUGCAUACAGAUUAUCCACAAAGUCCUGUGUUACCAGAAGAAGUGCCGAGUGCGGCUGCAUUAUACCUGGAGAGAGCUGUGGGGAGCCCUGAUAAAUUUGCUGAAAUUCCUCAUGUCUUACGAGACUGUUCUCCUGGCGAAACACAACAUUUUCACUUUGGCGCUGAUGGUGGUGAAUCUGUUUAAUAUGUUUAUUACCUACGGAGACACUUUCCUCCCAACCCCCAGCAGCUAUGAUGAGUUGUACUAUGAAAUCAUUCGAAUGCAUCAGAUAUUCGACAACCUUUACUCUAUGGUGCUUCGUCUAUCUACCAAUGCAGGACAGUGGAAGGAACCAGCAAGCAAAGUGACCCAUGCGUUGGUCAAUGUCCGGGCCAUUAUAAAUCACUUUAACCCUAAGAUAGAGUCCUACGCCGCCGUGAAUCACAUCUCACAGUUGUCAGAAGACCAGGUAUUAGAAGUUGUGCGCUCUAACUAUGAUACCCUGACUUUAAAACUUCAAGAUGGCCUCGAUCAGUAUGAACGCUAUUCAGAGCAGCAUAAAGAAGCUACUUUCUUCAAGGAGUUGGCCCGAUCAAUUAGUAUCAACGUACGGAAAAACCUCGCCUUCAACACCCUGAGCCAAGAGACACUACUGAAAGAAUUCUCCACCAUCUCGUGAGAUCUUCAGCAACGUUCGGCUAUCAGGACUAGCACCCAUCAUCCUGCUCUAGGGGGCGACACUUGUGUCUAGCACUCCGUUAUACAUGAUUGUUAUGGACAGACAAUUACUGAAGGUGACCCCUGUGUCAGCCCUGAAGAGGACAUGAAGAUCACCGGGGAGUCAUCCUAAGGAACUCUUCUUUUAUCCUGGUUUUUUUUGUUUUGGAAUUUUUUUAUAAUAAAUGUGACUCCCCCCUAUGGAGCUUCCAUGACGUGAAUGUGGAGAGAGAAAAACUGGAGGAUUCCACAUAUGUUAUAGUUAUACAGUACAGUAAAAAAAAAUAUAUAUAUGUUCUGUUUAUUUACUUGCUGUUAGGGUUCCACCUAAGACUUUAAAAGGUUGUCUAGGAAAUUAUUUUUAAAGGGAUUUUUAAAUUAGUUAAAGGGAUACUCCGGUGAAAAACUAAUUAUUAUUUUUUUUUAAAUCAACUGGUGCCAGAACCUUAAACAGAUUUGUAAAUUACUUUUUAUUUAAAAAUCUUAAUCCUUCCAGUACUUAUCAGCUGCUGUAUGCUCCACAGGAAGUGCUUUUCUUUUUAAAUUUCCUUUCUGUCUGACCACAGUGCUCUCUGCUGACACCUCUGUCCAUGUCAGGAACUGUCCAGAGCAGGAUAGGUUUGCUAUGGGGGUUUGCUCCUUCUCUGGACAGUUUCUGAGACAGACUGAGGUGUCAGUAGAGAGCACUGUGGUCAGACAGAAAAGAACUUCCUCUGUAGUAUACAGCAGCUGAUAAGUACUGGAAGG